GGAAAGUUCGGGAAAGUUCCAGAAGCGCACCUAGGGUUUCCCGUACCUACCCUGCUCCCUCUCCCGCGCCCUCGAGCCUCUGGACCCGCUGCCGCCGCCGCCGCCGCCAUGGACGAGGGGCGAAAGCGCAAGGCGCUCGACGGCAUGAAUCCGUGGACUGGGCGGCCUUACUCCUCUCGCUACUACGAAAUGCUGGAGAAUCGGCGCGCCCUCCCGGUGUGGAGGCAUAAGGGAGAGUUCCUGCGCCUCUUAGGCCUCCACAAAGUCGUUAUCGUCGUCGGGGAUUCGGGAGGUGGCAACACCACUCAGGUCCCUCAGAUUGUUCUGCAGGCAUGGAAUGGCAGGGUGGCCUGUACCCAGCCUUGGAGGGUCGCUGCAAUGACGGCCGCUCAACGCGUCGCAGAUGAAAUGGAUGUCACUCUUGGUGAACAGGUUGGCUACACGGUACCUUUAGAAGAGUGCGGCAACCACAAUACUGUGAUCAUGUACAUGAAAGAUUCUAUGCUCCUGAGAGAAGCUGCAGAAGAUCCCCUGUUUCAGAAGUACAAGGUGGUUAUUGUGGAUGAAGCUCAUGAACGUACAUUGGCAACUGAUAUUCUAUCUGUGAUCCUGAAAAAUGCUAUCAGCAAAAGGAAGGACUUGAGGCUGGUUGUCAUGAGUGCCACAGACAACACUCAAGAGAAUAACUUCAGCAUACACUUCAACAAUGCACCGAUUCUGAUGGUGCCUGGUAGGCAAUUGCAUCCGUUCGAAUGCAUCUACCUGCCAGAACCAAUGUUCAACUAUGUGGAGGUUGCAAUCAUUACAGUAGUACAGAUACACACUACUCGGCCUGCUGGUGACAUCAUUGUCUUUCUCCCAAGGGAACCCCAAGUUGAGUCUGUUUGUUCAGAACUUAGCAGGGAACUUCAGGGAAGGGACGACGUUGGUCCAUUUUGCAUUGUGCCUCUCCAUGAUAACCUACCAUUGGAAAAGCAGUCUAAGGUUUUUGAACCUGCUCCAGUUGUAUGGAGAGUGGGUUGUCGUCCAAGGAAAAUCGUCGUUUCAACAAAAUUGGCCGAGACCUCUGUCAUAAUUCAUGGAAUAGUCUAUGUUAUUGAUGCAGGGCUUUCCAACUGCAGAAUUCACAACCCAGACACAGGAGUAGAAGCUCUGUUUGUGUCAGAUAUUUCUCAGCAGAGUGCAGUUCGGAGAGCUCUUAUUGCUGGAAGAACGCAGGCAGGAAUGUGCUUCAGAUUGUACACCGAAGAUAUUUUCCAAGAGGAAUUACCACUCGAGACCUACCCAGAAAGUUUAACACUGAACCUGUCAAGCAUAGCUCUUGGUAUGAAGAAUCUUGGAAUUCCUGACCUCAUGAGUUUUAAGUAUAUGGAUUCUGCUUCACCUGCACGUGUAUCUGUAGCAAGGGCCUUGAGAGACUUGUACCAUUUAAGAGCAGUCAACCCUGAAUAUAACUUAGAACCCUUGGGUGAAGUGAUGAACUCAUUUCCCCUAGACCCUCAGAUGUCAGCAAUGAUAAUUGCCAGUCCAGAUUACCACUGCUCAAAUGAGAUUGUGUCUCUAUCUGCAAUGCUGUUAGAUCGGGAUUCAGAAUGGUGUAAGAUGAACUUCAUCGAUGCUCAAGUCAGGAACUAUGCUUACAAUCUUAGACAAAAGCUUGUUGGAAUCAUGAGAGGAUUGAAUAUCCCACUGUUGAGUCCAGCCUCCGAUAGUCCUUGGUUCCCCAACAAUGUUAAAUUGGCCAUGCUAUCAGGGUACUUUAUGCAGGUAGCUCACAGAGAAAGAUUUGGAUACUCUGUGAUGCUGAAAGAUGAUAACCAGGUAUUGGAUUUGGACAGGACAACCUUCCUGAACCGCAGGCCUGAAUGGGUUAUUUACGAUGAAAUCCAUUCAAACAUAGCUCGCACAGUUACUGAUGUCCAAACAGAAAUGCUACUGAUGAUAGCUCGCGACUAUUACGACCUAAGGAACAUUCCGCGCUGUGCCAUGAAGACUGCUAUUGAGAGGGCGCACGUCUUUGGGCUGUCUCGAAGUGGCUAUCAAGGCUUAGCUGAGAUGACUCAAGUCGAACUGCAAAAUUUUCUUGAGGGUGAGGGUAUGCAGUGGCAGACCAGGAUCUCAAUUCCACAAGCACCAGCAGCUGACGAGCAGGGGGAAGGCCCCCCUUCUCCUCAAUGAUACUUUGGUCAGGCAAGUGGAGCUGCAGCAGUGCGCGGAGUUGCAGCAACGGGCGCAGUUUAUGUCUUGCAAGGUAGGAGGAGUUGGGCAGAUACCAGGACGACGAGAUUGAAGCAUAUACUAGGAUGACAGAAAAUACAUCUUCCUUUGGCCUGAGUCUGGGGAUUCUGUCUUCCCCCCUUUCUCUUGUGUGCCAGGGUUUCCCAUUUUCAUUCUGUAACAAGAGUGGAAACACAGCUGUGGUUAGGUGGUUAACCUGAUAGCUUUGAAUUUUGCUGACGGAAACCUAGCUAGGAGAAGUUGUUUUGAUGGUAUAUCUAUGUUAUGACCAGCUUGGAUAUCCGGAAG